GCCGUUAGUGGGGCGCGGGGAAGAGUGCUGCUGCUGGGGGGACCCAGUGCCUCUCACUCAUUACGGCUCCCGGACUGGUGGCCCCAAGCUGGGCCCGACUCCACUCCCACCGCCACCAUGGACAAACUCAAAUGGUCCAAGGGACUCAGGAUAAGACUGCGGGCCGAGGGGCGACUGAAAGUGCACCCCAAGAUGGCCAUAGCGGCAGUCCAUUACCUAGUUUCGGGGUCCGGCAUGUUGAAGAUCACCAGGCUGCUUUUUGUCCUGGGAGCAGCCAUCAGCUUUAUCAUCGCACCAGCCCAUGAAUCCUACAUAGCCAUCCUGCUACUGGAAUGCUGCAUAGUUCUGUCAUUCAUUAUAAUAUAUGUGUUAGGUCUACACCACUUGUUAGUGUGCAUAUUAUGGCCGGCAUUUAAUCCACUUUCAAGAAUUUCUGAUAAAAAGAUCAGAGCUGGACAGAAAAUUUUACAUUCAAAUAAAAGACUCGAGAAGCAUAAAAAGGAUAUUUUGAACUGUUUACUUACUGCGGGUUUCCUUAUAAUUGUUGGCAUCCUGGUUCUCUGGGAAGAGGGAACAGAUGAGUACAUCAUAAGUGGAGCAGCUUGCUGUUUUGUGGCCGCGGGUCUAUGUGUCCUUGAGGUGUCUUGCCAGGGAGGCAGCAUAUGGUAUAAGAGAUGGAAGGAAGCGGUGAAAGAGAAGAUGUUAGCAGUAAACGAUGUAAAAAAAGAGUCUUCCGAGUUAGCCAAAGAGAAGGCAGUGGCAGAAGAAUUAGUGGCAAAGGCAGUGGCGGAGGCAGCAGCAACAGUUAAGCAAUCAACACCACCAAAAAAAACUGCAUCAGCAAAGUGAACAGAGCAGCCCUCCAAGAUUGUCAAUUUUCAGAACUCUGGUUCAUUACGCUUAAUAAUCAGUGCUCACAAAGCAUAAGAA